UCGCAAUGCAAUAUUUUCACUUAUUCCAUCACUCGAUCCGUUGGCAGAUUGCUACAUGUGUGCAUAUAUUCCAUUCUUGAAGUGCGUCGCGUGUGCAGUGGACUGCAUCGAUCGUUGGAUUAAAAUUCCCGCUUCAGUUGCAAUACGCCUGCGUUCGCGACGCACGUCAAGCAUGGAAUAUAUGCAUGUACAUAGAAAUCUGCCAACGGAAACGGACGGCACGGGUCCUGCGCAAGGCGCAUCCGCAUUGCAGGCGGUGAAGGCGCGGAACCAGGCCAAGGCGAUCAGUCUUGCACCGCGGUUUCUCGCUGAAUUUACCCAGAAAGAAACGAAGAAUGGUGCAGAGGACCGGCAGAGAGCGCGAACGGUACUCGCGGAGAAAGAGGGUUGCAUCGCCGACAGAUGCCCCUGUUGCCAGUUCACUUCACGGUUUCCACGGAGCGAGUGUACGCAUUGCGGUGACAUGGCUACGAGUAUCACGGAGGAAAUAGAGGAAAUCAACCGGAAGCAGAAUGCAGACGUGACGAGUACCGGCGAGUUUCCACCCGAAUACUUAAUCAAGCAUCCACUGCAAAACACUUGGACCUUGUGGUACUACGAGCCCGACAGGAAUAAGACAUGGGAGGAGAGUCAGCGGGAGAUAACGAGUGUCGAUACGGUUGAAGAUUUCUGGAGCUUGUACAACCACAUAAAGACGGCGUCUGAGCUCAGACAGGGUUGUGACUAUAGCAUGUUUAAGCAUGGAAUUCGGCCUAUGUGGGAAGAUGAUCAGAACAAGUCCGGAGGACGGUGGCUAAUAAAUCUAGAAAAGAAGCAGAGAGCUAUGGAUCUAGAUAAUUUUUGGUUAGAAAUUCUACUUUGUAUGAUUGGGGAGGCGUUCAACGAAUACUCUGAUGAUAUAUGUGGGGCUGUAGUAAAUAUCAGAACAAAGGGAGACAAAAUCGGUGUCUGGACCUCGAAUGCGGAUUGUCCGGAUAGUGUUAUGCAAAUUGGCCGUAAACUGAAAGAGAGAUUGAAAAUUACACCUAAAACGACCAUUCAAUAUCAAAUACACAAGGAUACUAUGGUGAAAGUUGGAAGUCAAGCGAAAAAUACCUAUACACUUUAAGUACCGCCAACUUUAUCAUGAUAUCACCUUUAAGUUGUUCAUUGGAGUAUUUGAUUUUGUCAAGCAUCGUUACUAGAUGAAGCAUUAACAUCGAAGAUGUGUUUAUCAUGGACGAAAAAUUAAACCUUGUUUUCAAAAGCAUGUUUUCAUAAUAUAACAGAUUAAGUGAGAAUCAAUAAACAAAAUGUUGAAUUAA